GUGAAAUGGCCCGUCUUUCAGAUGCAGGGUGCAGAAGAAUAAAAAGUUAAAAAUGAUUUCGGUUGCAUUCUAUAAUCGCCUCUCCGUAACUUUCUUCCUACACCGGCGACGGAGAAUCUCAUUUCCGAUAUCCAGGCCGGAAAGCAACGAAGAACGUCAGAAGAAGAAAAAGAAACCGGAAUGAGUGUAGCCUACUUUCGAUUGUUCCAUUUUUCGAUAUUUUCACAAUUGAACAUCGAUGGAUUUUCAUUCAGCUGAGCUUAUUAGUCUACCGACGUCCUUGGCCGCCGAAUCGAAAUCGGCAGUGACAAGAACUGCAGAAAAACUGUGGGUAAGUUUCACUGGGAUUUCCCUGUUGUGGAUUGAGUUGAAGAGAUUUCUGAUCCCAUGAUUCUCGUUUUCAUGACAGGGGAAAGUGAUGGAGGAGGAAGCUGCUGCCCUUUUGGUAGGCUGCUAAUUUUGUCUCUGCCUGCGUAAAAGGUAACCUUGCUGAUCCCAACUGCUACUGAAAUAAUUGCUUAGAAGGUCAGAUUUCUGCUGGGAAUUGAGUCAUUGAACAAUCAUUACCCGCCAUCUUUUGGGCACCGUUCACAUUUGGAGAAGCAACGGUACAAUGGUUUUGUAGCUAAAUUUGCGGCUCUUUUUUCUUUCAGAGACUUGCCUUACAUCGUGUUCUUCAUAACCAACUUGUCAUCAUCUUUACAGUUUAUACUACAUAGCCCAGGACCAAGAACGAGAUUUGCAUGUUCUGAUUCUAAAUAUAGCCAUAAAGCCUCUGCAAAAAGCUACCCAUCUUAUCUCUUGAUGUAGAAAUUGCAUGUACUAUAUAACGAGUUGCUCUCCUACUUGAAUAGCUACACAAGACAUUCAUUCUUUACUGAAGACACAACAAAGACACUGCUGUUUUUGCACUCCUUAUGGAUCCUAGAAAGUUUGUUCUUGUUGCCAUCUCAGUGGCACUGCUUCUGGGACUGGCUCGCAGCUUCGAGUACCGCGCUGAGGACUUGGCGUCGGAAGAUAAGCUGUGGGACUUGUACGAGAGAUGGAGGAGCCACCACACGGUGUCUCGAUCCCUCACCGAGAAGCAAGCGCGGUUCAAUGUGUUCAAGGAGAAUGUGAAGCACAUCCACAAGGUGAACCAGAAGGACAAGCCUUACAAGCUGAAGCUCAACAGCUUUGCUGAUAUGACCAACCACGAGUUCGUGAAGCACUUCGGUGGAUCGAAAGUCAGCCACUACAGGAUGCUUCAUGGCCCCCGGAGGCAAACCCCGUUCAGUCAUGGAGAAACGGACAACGUUCCUGCGUCGGUUGAUUGGAGGAAGAAUGGUGCAGUGACUCCGAUCAAGAAUCAAGGCAAAUGCGGUAGCUGUUGGGCAUUCUCGAGUGUUGCUGCGGUGGAAGGAAUCAACAAGAUCAAAACAGGGGAGCUGGUGUCGUUAUCCGAGCAGGAGCUGGUGGACUGCAGCAAGGACAACCAUGGCUGCGAUGGAGGGAUGAUGGAGCAAGCUUUCCAGUUCAUAGAGCAAGUUGGUGGGCUGACAACUGAGACUAACUACCCUUACGAAGCGAAGGACGAAUCUUGCAACUCUGCCAAGUUGAAUGCUGCGGCGGUACAGAUAGAUGGUUACGAAAUGGUGCCGGAGAACGAUGAGAACGCACUGAUGAAGGCCGCUGCCAACCAACCAAUAGCCAUCGCCAUUGAUGCUGGUGGCAAGGAUCUCCAGUUCUAUUCCGAGGGUGUUUUCACCGGAGACUGUGGGACGGAGCUGAACCACGGGGUGGCGCUUGUGGGCUACGGUUCGACCCUGGACGGGACGAAGUACUGGAUCGUGAAGAACUCGUGGGGGACGGAAUGGGGAGAGCAGGGUUUCAUAAGGAUGCAGCGAGGGGUAGAUGCCGAAGAAGGGAUCUGUGGGAUAGCCAUGGAUGCCUGCUACCCUGUGAAGUCUACAUCGACCAACAAGAAGAAACAAGGCUCACCUGCAGCUGGGAAGGAUGAACUGUAGACGCGUAUGUCUCCUCUCCUAUUAAGUGAACUGCAAAUAAAGAGAGGUUGAGAACACAUUAGAAUCGUGUUAUAGUAAGUUUGGGGUCUUUGGAUUUGUAGUAAGGUUUGUUUUUCAGGAUUAAGAAUAAAGACAGCAUAUAUGUCGAUGCUGGCGAUGUUGGAUUGUAAUCAAGAUGUAUCACGAUG